AUGCCUGGUCCAACGACUGCCGGGCCAUCGGGCUUGGCUAGUAUCAUCAAGGCCUCAACAGCCCCUCUGCCUUCGGCCUUGACCCGUGCUCAAGAAGUCGUGGCCACCCAUGGGUCGUCGAGCUGGCUCGGUUUCUUUGCUUGGCUCAUCAUAGCCAUACUACAGCUUGUCUCCUCAGUCUUGUAUUGGACCAUCCGCCUGGCCACCAUCACAGUCCCUACUCUUCUGUUCCAACUCUUCUCCACGAGUUGGACAGUCACAAUGAAUGCAACCACUCUCAUGGUCAUCACCGUCGCCCUUGUCUCCGCCGUUAGCUGGGUAGUUCGCUAUCGCAUACUCAACAUGUACUCGCGUUUACCCCCAGAGCCUCAACGCAAGGAACCGGAAAUUGAUCUGUUCCCUGACACUCAUGACGAGGGCGUCAAGUCAGGACUUUCGAGCUACCUAGACGAAUUCCUGAGCGCUAUCAAGAUAUUCGGUUAUCUCGAGCGUCCUGUUUUCCACGAGUUGACUCGAAGUAUGCAGACCCGAAAACUCAUCGCUGGUGAAACCUUUAACCUCGAAGAGGAGAAAGGUUUCUGCAUUGUGGUCGAUGGGAUGGUGGAAAUCUUUGUCAAGUCUGGGAGGUCCUUUGGCUCCCCAGAAGCGAGCGCUAAUUCCGAAGGCGACCCGUUGGAUGGAGAAGACGAUGCUUUGCCCCAUGGUGAGCAAUACCAGCUGCUUACGGAGGUCAAGAACGGGGCACCCAUGUCGUCUUUAUUCUCCAUCAUGUCCCUCUUUACCGAGGACAUUAAACUCACGUCAACAGAGGCUGAAACGCCCGUAAGAAGCACUGCUUCCAGCGCCAAUUACCGAUUUUCUGGGGUCGCCCGAACUUCCGUCUCGCGGCAUGUCUCCCAAGAUGCCGCCGCGUCAAUGCCUGGCACGCCGCGAUUCGUUGACGUUGCUGAAAACAACAACGACCGUGUACAUGAAGACUUGUCGCGCCCGUCAUAUGCAAUCCCUAGCUCGAACCAGGCUGCAAUUCCUCCGAUUUCGCUCGACGGGUCAGAGCCCAAGCGGAUAGCAGUCCGUCCUACACUUCCAGGUAGAGCAGCUUCGACAUCGGCCCAUCCAGAUAUCAUCGCCAGGGCCACAGUCGACACGACGAUCGCCAUAAUUCCUGCCAGCGCUUUUCGACGACUUACCAAGGUUUAUCCAAAAGCCACUUCGCACAUAGUUCAUGUCAUUCUAUCCCGCUUCCAGCGGGUGACACUUGCCACGGCAUACAGAUACCUUGGGUUGACGUCAGAGGUAUUGUUGACAGAGAAAAGCAUGAAUAGAUAUACAACGUGGCAACUUCCUAACAUGCUUCGGGGCGAUGCAUUGCUACGCCUCAAGGAAAAAUUUGGCCGCGAGCGUCAACGCGCUGGCGAAGAUUCGGAAACCAAAGGCAUCGCGCUACACAAUGCGAAUGCCCAUCGACGUCGAAAGUCAAGCGUCAUGCUGCGCAAAGAUGCCGUGUUGCAUUCAAUGUCCAAGCAAACUUCCUACGUCGCCACGACUAUCGCCCCUCCAGGAGAGAGGCUGGCUACCCAGACGCCUAGUCCCGGAGACCUAUUGGCCACUACGAACAUGUCUCGAGAAGUUCCUGGUCACAAUUUCACAGACUCACCUGUUGAGCAUGUUGCAGAAGCCAUGCGUCUGGAUCAAACCAGCCCCUUGGCACAGCGAACAUUUAACCCUUUCGCUAGUGUCAACACUUCGCGCGUGCCACUCGACCCGCGAGACGUCGCCGAUGAGGACAACCUCUUCCGGACCUCGAUUCUUGAAUGCAUGUUUCGAGCGAUCGGCCUAGGCGUCGGCGGAACUGUUUCGCGGGAGCCUGAAUCCAUGGAGGGAUCACCUAGGCUAUUUUCGUAUGAUCAGCGACGCCAGAAAGCCAUGUUUGGAAAUCACAAUGCUUUUGGCAUCAUGGACCCCUUCGACGGCUCGGUUGAUGGCGAUACGGAGUCAUUGACAUCUGGUGGCCUUGCACUGAAUACUCCGCCCAGCGCCCAAUCACUGGCCAAUGAUUUGCGUGAUGACGCCGAGAUUGUUUUCUUUCCCCAAGGCUCAGUUCUCGUUGAGCAAGGCGAACGCAACCCCGGACUUUACUACGUUAUCGACGGCUUCCUCGAUAUUUGCACCACCAGCGAGGAGUCUUCCGCAAGCAUCCUUCAGCCUGGGGUACGAGCAUCAACAGCGGGCUUGACUUCUGGCGCAACUCCUGCGCCUGAUCACAACAUCCAUGGCAGGGACAAUGCUCAAGACAAGCGCAAGAAGUCCGUGCGUCGCAGUGUAUCCUUGAUUAAACCGGGGGGCCUUGCUGGUUACAUUGGCGCAUUAUCUUCGUACCGUUCAUUCAUCGAUGUCGUUGCGAAGACUGAUGUCUAUGUCGGUUUCUUACCCCGUGCAUCCCUUGAAAGGAUUGUAGAUCGGUACCCUAUCAUCCUUUUGACGAUGGCCAAGAGGCUGACAAGUCUUUUGCCGCGCCUUCUCCUUCACAUCGACUUUGCUCUGGAUUGGGACCAGGUCAGCGCUGGCCAGGUCAUAUUCCACAACGGCGACGAGAGCGAGGCGAUCUACAUUGUCUUGAAUGGACGUCUUCGUCUCGUCGAGGACCGCGAAGGCGGUGGCAUGACUGCACGAGCCGAGUUUGGCCAGGGCGACAGUGUAGAGCUUGUAAGAUUUCCGCGAACGCUUUUCAACAGUCUAGCUCAAGAGCAUCCGAACAUCACUAUCAAGAUAUCAAAAAUCAUUGCUGCCCGUAUGCGCAGUUUGGUAGAUGAUCCAGCCCAGCUAAUGGCAAAUGAAGCUGGGCUCUCUGCGUUAGGCAAAGGCUCGUCGGCGCUCAACUUGCGGACAGUAGCUGUGCUUCCUGUGACCGCAGGCGUACCAGUCGUUGAGUUUGGCCAUCGUUUGCUGAAUGCUCUGGUACAAGUCGGCCCAGUCAACGGCGCGAUUUCGUUGAACCAGUCCGCGAUUCUCAACCACCUUGGCAAGCACGCUUUCAAUAAAAUGGGCAAGCUGAAGCUAUCCCAAUACCUCGCGGAUCUGGAGGAAAAGUACGGCUUAGUGGUCUACGUCGCAGACACAAACGUCAAUUCGCCCUGGACGCAGACUUGUAUCGCACAAGCCGAUUCUAUAUUGCUGGUGGGCUUGGGCGAGGGCUCCCCUGAGAUUGGUGAGUACGAGCGCUUCAUGCUGGGCAUGAAGUCAACCGCGCGCAAGAUCCUGGUUCUGCUCCACGCUGAGCGGUAUUCGUCACCUGGUCUGACCAGGUCCUGGCUUCGAAAUCGAAUGUGGAUUAAUGGCGGUCACUAUCACCUGCAAAUGGCUUUCAGAACCAACAUGAUGCCAUCCCACCCCCCUUCCAAGAGAUCAAACACGACACUGAAGGAGCGUGUCCAGAUCUUGCAGGCUGAGAUCCAGAAAUACACCUCAAGAAAGGUUCGACACACGCCCUACUACUCGCCUGAUGCACCAUUCAAGGGCGAUUUUCAUCGUCUGGCCCGACGGUUAUGUGGCAAGUCGGUGGGUCUCGUGCUCGGAGGUGGUGGCGCUCGAGGCAUCACUCAGAUCGGCAUCAUUCAGGCUAUGGAGGAAGCUGGCAUUCCCAUUGAUGUUGUGGGUGGAACAUCAAUGGGAUCGUUUGUUGGUGCCCUCUACGCAAGGCACGCAGACAUAGUGCCCAUUUUCGGCUUGGCGAAGAAAUUCUCAGGCCGGAUGGCUAGUAUGUGGCGCUUCGCACUCGACUUGACUUACCCGACAUCCUCAUACACCACCGGGCACGAAUUCAACCGCGGCAUUUUCAAGACCUUUGGCAAGGCCCAGAUAGAAGACUUCUGGCUCGAGUUCUACUGCAAUACCACCAACAUCAGCAAGAGCCGGGCGGAGUACCAUACAAGUGGGUACGCCUGGCGGUACAUUCGAGCGUCCAUGUCUCUGGCGGGUUUACUUCCUCCCCUAUCAGACGAAGGAAGCAUGUUGUUGGAUGGUGGAUAUAUCGACAACCUGACGGUUUCUCACAUGAAGAGGCUGGGCGUUGAUACGAUCUUUGCCGUCGAUGUCGGCUCGUUGGAUGACGAUACCCCCCAGAGCUAUGGCGACUCUCUUUCAGGAGUUUGGGCGUUUUUCAACAGGUGGAAUCCCUUCUCAACAACGCCCAACCCGCCAACUUUGGCAGAGAUUCAGGCACGAUUAGCAUACGUGUCCAGUGUAGACGCCCUGGAGCGUGCCAAAGCUAUGCCUGGAUGCUUAUACAUGCGACCUCCCAUCGACGAUUAUGGUACGCUCGACUUUGGGAAGUUUGACGAAAUUUAUCAGGUGGGCUACAAAUAUGGACAAGAGUUCUUACAGAAGAUGAAGGACGAUGGUGUCUUGCCGCUGGUCGAAGAGACGGAAGCCAAGAAAGCAUUGCGCAGGACAAUGGCACCUCGCCGCGCCAGUAUUUAGAAUGCCUCGUAUUGCCGCUCGGCAGAUGCCUCGU